AUAACAUUAUUAAAUCACCCUGUGCGACGAACACAUUUUAUUCUCUUCCACCUCUGUUAUUAAACCACUGUUAGCCUUAAAAUUGUUACAAAAUAACUUUAUUAUAAAAUAAAAUGAUUUCUUUUGUUUCUUCAAUGAGAACGGUGUUGGUUCGACAACAAAAUGUUGAGGCAUUAAGGAGACUUCAUAUAACACCAUUAUGUGAAGCUGCACGUAAAGGCACCAGAGAGAAGGCACGAAAAAAGAAAGUAAAGGUGGAAGUGAAGAAAGUGGGGUUCAUACCACAUAACCAAAGGGAUAAGAAAAUAAACCUGCAACGUGAAAAUCUACACUUUGACGAUUCGUGGAAGCAAUUGCCGCAAGACAAUGUUUAUGUUCUGAAGUACUAUCGUUGGCCGGUAUACACGGUUGCUGAAGCCAUACAGUGUCACCGUGAAACGCAUCAUCCUUCUAUGUACAAUGUUCCAAAUGCUCCACUCAAUGUAGACAUUGAAUUAGAUAUGCGAGCGGAGAAGAAAAACCGUUUCGUCGACAACUUUCAGCGCAUGGCUAUGAUACCACAUAAAUUUGAGCACGGCGAGGAGCGUAAAAUCCUCGUGUUUACCAAAGGAAAUGAUGAAAUCAGUGAAGCGCGGGAAGCAGGUGCGACACUUGUCGGUGGUAUUGAGUUGAUAAAGGACAUAACUAACGGAGAGCUAUUGCUGACCGAUUAUCAAUUUGUAAUUGCACAUCCAAAUAUAUUGCCCGAGUUGGUGGCCUUGCGAGGAUUGAUGAAACGUAAGUUUCCCAAUCCACGAAGCGAGACGCUUGGUACAAAUUUAGCAGAAAUGAUUGAACGCUUUUCAAAUGGUAUUAGCUAUACAGCCACUAAGGAUGAACAUCAACAAGAUUUUGGAUUGAUUACAACAAGUAUCGGAACAUUAGACAUGGAUACACAAAAAUUAGAAGAAAAUUUACGUUCCUUAUUGCAGGAUGUUGAUUCAGUACGUCCCAAACGUGAAGGUGAACGAUUUGUAAAACGUGUACUUCUCAAGAGCCCACCGAGUAGUGAGCGUCUUAAAAUAGAUGCUUAUCAAUAUAUACCAGAGCUGUAUGUUAAAACAGCUAAUAAAGCUUCGGCGAAAUCGAACGAAGUCGAGGAUCGAGAGGAGGAAUCUAAUGAAAAACAGCAAGCUGUUGCUGCACAAUAAUGGCAAUACAAUUAUGAUAAUAGACAAGUAAUAUGUACUGUUUAGUAUCAGAAAUAAAGAUAAAUUAAAUGUUAAUAAUUUAAAA